UCCUCCCUUCCCCUUCUCUACUCCUAGCUUCCACUCCACUCCACCCCUCUUCUCUUGUCUUCUAUCUCUUUCCUAGUAGGGUUAGCAUAACGUCUCACACACCACUAUGAAAUUUGGCAAGAUCCUAAUAAGAAACCAGAUCCCAGAAUGGAGCCGCCAUUAUGUCUCUUAUAAGGGUCUUAAAAAGGAGAUCAAAAAUGGGCAAGAGGCUCUGGAGAGUGAACAAUCCUCCAUGGACGACGUUAUCACCGCCUUCAUUUUUCAUUUGGACAGAGAAGUUGAGAAGGUCAAUAACUUCUUCGUUUACAAACGAUCAGAGUUAGAACGACGUCUCCGCAUCCUGUCUGAAAAGGCUAGACGUCUUUAUCCCAACAAUAGCAUAUUAGGCAAUGGAGCUAUCAACUCACCUGUCACUACAAAUUCACCGACCAGUUCACGGAAGACAUCCAAAGCCGGUGUUAGUCCACGUUUGGACUUAUCCAUUGUGACGGCACCUGCGCCGUCUUCUCCAAUACCACCCACAACCGUAUCCACCAAUGCAUCUUUAGUUCCGCCAUCGCCCUUCAUCAAUGAUCCCGAGGCUGACAGAGAGUGUUUGCAGGCCAUGGUUGAAACUAAGGAGAUGCUGUCCAAGCUCUCUUGGUUCGCAGAGAUGAAUCGCAGGGCCGUUGAAAAGAUUCUCAAAAAAUUUGAUAAGCGCAUGGCUCUUUUCAGUCGUGAAGACUACAUGGCGACAAAAGUUAGCCUGUUACCUUUUGUCAUUGAUGGGCAACUCUUGGAGAUGACCAUUACUAUUGACGUCCUCAUCCGGGAUAUGAAUGCAGUCGUGGCGGAGUAUCCCCCUUUCCACAGAGGAAUAUCGCCAACUCGCACUAGUACUGAAGCCCGAUUUGGUCUGAGUGAACAGCAGCUAAAAGAUGCAAUCAAUGCCAUUGAACAUGAUGAUGCUAUUGCACUCAAGGCCAUAAUUGACACCAAAUCUCUAUUCAAGAAAGCAUGCGAAGAGAAGGCAUUUCAAUGUAUCGCUUUAAUAAUGUCGUUUGGGGCAGGAUCUUUAAUGGUCAAUCAUAAAGAAAUAUCUGUAGUUCGAGAUGAUCCAACGACGAUCACGUUUAUCCUUCAACAGCUUUCCUCAUGCGCUCAACAGAAUUCUUUAUGUACUUUAAAAUCGACGGCGGAUAUCUUCGGUCGCCGGCCAUUGCAUUACGCAGCCAUGCAUGGCUUCCCUAACAUUGCAAGAGCACUCCUUCAGGAUCUCAAAGGCUCUGGCGAAUUUGUAGACUUUUCAGAUCCUUACUGGUUUGAUACAGAUGGGUUCACGCCACUCAUUUACGCCGUAUCGCGGGGCCAGGCUGAGGUUCUGAAAGUCUUAAUAGAGGAGGGUGACAUCCGCGAUGUUGAUGCUGUCACAAAUGGUAAAAGUCUCUCGAUAUCUUAUGUGUCACAUCCUUCGAUACCAAAGAUUCUUCCCUCAACCGUCAAGACUGUAUUAAACCCGUUUGUUGGAUCAGAGGUCAACUUGCAUGCGGUUUUUACCUAUACACCGUUAUCGAUUGCUUGUCGUUUGGGACAUGUUGAGGUAGCUAAAUUGCUUAUCCACAAUGGUGCUAACCUGGAUGCUCAGGACGAGGAUGGGGAGUCAUGCUUGAUCAUUGCUGCAAAGAAUGGUCAUGUUGAAUGCGUGAAGCUACUAAUUACUGGGAACGGGUAUGCGAAAGGCGCUAAUCUUGAGCUCAGGGAACGUUAUUACGGAUGGACAGCUCUUCACCUCGCAGCAAUCGAGAAUCAUCCUGAGGUUAUUAAGGUUUUGCUUGCAGCUGGAGCCAAUCCCAAUGUUUACGAUUUUUCAUCAUGGAGCCCACAUGAGUAUGCUGUCUUUGCUGCCAAUAAUGCUUGUGCUGCUCUUCUUCGUCCUGUGACUCUCAGUCUGGACGAGCGUCUACGCCUGCAAAAGCAGAACGCCGGAAGUGACGCAGCGCAUGCAAGCCCCAUCUCGGUUUCGCAGCCCAUGCUCUCUAGUCCUUCUGCAGGGACCUCUGGAUCAAGCUCACCAAACUCACAGAAACUCGAAAAAGGCGAGUCACCGCCAACGUCAGCUGGAAAGAGCAGCAGCAAAUCAUUGAAGACAGCUCAGCGCGUAUACGGACAUAAGUAUCUAGAAGAUGAAUCACUAAUUGUUGUUACGCUGGGCUCUAAUGACGCUCGCAGUACCGUGGAGCCUGUUGAGCUCUAUAUAAGCGGUGACAGUCAUUCGUUUUUGACAGCCAGUACAGCAUUUUCAUUGGAAAUUACGGCGGAGAAUGCUACAGCAGGCGAGAAAGCCAUCAUUGACUUGCCUCUUAAGGAUUCAAGUUAUCACGAUCAGAUCGUUUUUUAUGCACCAAAGCCUGAAGACACUAUCCUUAACUUUUCAGUUUACCCCACCUUUGGACCUUCAAGCAACAAGCUGGUCGGACGCGGCACAGCAAUUCUCUCCAGCUUGGAUAAUCUUCGCAAAGACGUCAGGAACCAGCAUCCAGAGAUGACUUCCCUCCAAGGGAUGAAUAUGACAGUACCUAUCUUUGGUGUGGAAAAGAUGAAUAUUAUUGGACGUGUUAGAGUUGAAUUUACAGUUGUGCGUCCUUUCAAACAUGAGAACCUCAAAGUCGGAAGCAAGCACACAUAUUGGAAGAGCUUGACUACAACAGUCAUUGGUCAUCGCGGCCUUGGAAUGAACCGUAAGGUAUCAAAUCUUCAGCUCGGCGAGAAUACCCUGCUUUCUUUUGUUACAGCCGCUUCUCUUGGGGCAGAAUAUGUGGAGUUUGAUGUUCAGAUGACGAAGGAUAUGGUGCCUGUUUUAUACCAUGACUGGACAGUAACCGAGACUGGAUUGGAUAUUCCUGUUAGCUCCAUAACGGUAGAACAGUUCCAGAAUCUCUCCAAAUCAAAAUCACGUAGUCAUGGUAACAGUUCUCAGCCAGUCUCACCCAGACCUGGUGCCCCGAAACAAGCUACUCCUGCUUCACCAUCUUCAGUUAGUCUAACUGUAGUGAAACCUGAGCUUGUGAGGAGGUCCACUCAUGAUUCUGAAUCAGACCCCCAUAAGGAAAACCAACCGCGACUUGUUCGAUCUAACAGUUUGGGCGCAAUGGCCAAGAUGAGGGCUCAGACAGCAGUAUCUGAGCCUGCUAAGCCCGGAGCCAAGAUGAAGGGCAAUGGUCUGGGAACAAUUCAGGCGCCAUUCGCUACAUUGAAAGAUACGUUUGAGACUGUUCCAACGAAUAUUGGAUUCAAUAUCGAAGUCAAGUAUCCCAUGCUGGACGAAGCAGAGGAUGCCAACAUCCCUUUAUAUGCUUUUGAGAUUAACCGAUUUGUGGAUCGGAUUUUAAAAGAGGUCUACGACCACGACCAAACACAUCCCAACCGCAACAUCAUCUUUUCAUCCUUUCACCCUGAUAUUUGUCUUUUGCUCAAUAUGAAACAGCCAAAUUAUCCAGUGUUCUUUCUGACGGAUGGAGGUACAAGCGUAGUAGCCGAUCGUAGAUGCAAUUCUAUUCAAGGAGCUGUCCGUUUCGCAACAUCAAUUGACCUGUUGGGAAUUGUUACCAACAGUGCACCAAUCAUUGAAGCACCCAACCUGGUCAAGGCUAUUAAAGAAACAGGUUUGCUGGUGUUCACUUAUGGAAUAGAUAACAAUGAUGUGGAGAACGCUAAACUUCAACGACGACAUGGAGUUGAUGCUGUAAUUGUCGACUGCGUCUUGGCCGUGCGAAAGGGCCUUCAGCAAACAGAAUAGUCAUUUUAGAGUGAGUUGCUAGAAGGCAAGUCGUGUAGCUACCUAAAUUGGCAAAUCACU